CCUAUAUGGAAGAGAAAUUAGUUGAUUUAAAACAAAUUCUUUUUUAUAUACACCUCAUUAAGUUAAUAAAAUGGUCUAAUUUGCCCAUUCUUACUAGGGCGGUGAAAUGUUUAAAAUUACAUAAAAUUAAACUGUUAAGCUGGAGAGGUUGUAAGAAUUUAAAUAUCUGAUGUGCAUACAGAGUCUACUUCCAAACAGAGUUCAGAAGUAAGUGUUCCCAAACUUUUGAUUAAAGUGUACCCUUUUAUAAUUAGUAUUACGCUGAGUACCCCUCGCCUUGCAGCUAUGAGCAGGAUGACCAUAAUAAAUGGGUAUUUUUAAAAACAUCAGCAUAGAUAAUGAGGUGCAACGCGUAACCCCUUCCAAAGUCUACUCGUGUGCCUUGGGGUAAGCGUACCGCGGCGCACCCCUCUUUGAGAAACACUGGAGUAAGUCAUAGUAGCAUGGAUAGCAGAGGGCACUAUAUUAAAGAAUGUUAUCGGCAUGAGUUGUACUAACAUGGAGAGUUCACUAUUAAAUUGACACUGAAAUGGAAACCAGAAUAGAGUUUGUUAUAUUAAAGACUGCAGCGUAUCUAUCACAGUUGCAUGGAGGCUGCUGUGAGGAAACAAUGAUAUCAGAGGUCACUAGCAAUGUGACAAUGUUAUGGAGACCAGAGCGCAGAACGCCAGGCACUGGUGUAACAUGAGCACGCCAUGCUGUCAUUAAAAAGCGUACUUGCAAACAACAUCCUCUUUGUGCGUGAACUUAGUAAAGAUCGCCAAUACAAGAGACGUGUGAGUGUUUAUAAAAGAGGGAUUUUUUUUUUGUGACUCAUAAAAAAAAUAAUCAGCUUGAUGUAGAUAUUUUGUCAAAACGGCAGCAAGAUUUGUUAAUUCGCAUAAGCAAUUGGAUUAACUUAAGAAAUGGAUCUGCAUUAAAAGCCAAAAUAUGGGAGUCUGCUUUUAAAGAAAAAUAUUGUUGUAACCCAGCUUUGCACCAGUGCUUGAGGUGCGCACCAGCGCACUAGUGAACGUAAACGAGAAGGACUGUGAAGGAAGCCGGCUAGAAGUCAUGGGAGUCUGAACAGUCUGGUGCUGAGUGCUGUCCUGUGUGAUACUAGGAAACUGUUUGGGAGACCUGGAGCGACACUGGGAAGUGCGUCGGUGGUCUGUUCUGUGUUCUGGUAUAAAGUAGGAUUCUUAGAACUUAGACAUAUUACUCCCUGUGACUUUAUAGCAGAAGUCCAAGUCUAACUAGUUACUAUUACCCGUACCGUUUUGUCGAUGCUUCAUUUACAUUUAUCAUAAAUAAAUACAUCGUUUACUCUUGUCGACCUGUCUUUCGUUUAGUGCCUGCCUUAGAGAGUUACAACAAUAUAUUUCCUGAUCAUCAGCAUCGAUAAUGUAUACAUUAGGCUACUUGUUAGGAGUGGACUACCAUUUACAUAUAAUAACAAUACAUAUGGUCUCUAGAACGUAUGAAUUGCAUAUGAUGUGCUGUCAGCUUAGCUCGACCCUAACCUUAUGUUCACUUAGGCUUUAGCCAAUUGGGGCGCACAGGAAACAAAAACAUGAUCUGUCGACCAACUUUUCUCCAUUCUCCUGUGUUUUUUGCGUUGACUGAAAGUCUUUCAGUGACAGGUCCUUUCAUAUGAUGCUGACUUCCCAUUGCUCUGUCUGUCUGCCUCUUCUUCUUUUGCCUGGUUCCUAUCCAGAAAAGUUAUAUUAAAACUAAUAUAAAACACUCUGUAAAAACAACAAAAAUGUACAACUUUAGUUGGAAAAAAAAAGUUUUUAAAUGGAAAAAAAAAAAGAAAAUGUAUUAAUUAAGGGAAGAGACAUUUUAAAAUGUAAAGCAGACACAUACGAAAAAAGAUACAGAUUCAAAAAGACAUUUCUUUAAAUGAAAUAAUGCGGUAUGUCGUUUCCUCAUGAUUAUUAUAAUUUGAACUAUUGAGAAUUUAGAUUAUACUCUAAUUUAAUUGUAAUUCUAAAGCUUCUAUGUAUCUUCUCACUAUCUUUCUCGCUAAUAUAUAUAGAUUUAUAUAUUUAUUAUAUAUUUAUAUAUAUAUAUAUACAAAGUGCUGUUUUAGUUUUUCAAUAGAUCUGUGAUUUUGAGAACCAUUGGAAUGGCACUGCAAAACCUUGAACCAUAUAAUGUCACGCUUCACUUAACAAUGUCAUAACGCACUGGGUUCGAAGCACUAGCUCGCUUCAAUGAUGUACAUUUAUGGCUGUUUGGAGUUUGCCUACUUAGCUACAGGAAUGUUGCUAGGUGGCUUUCUUUGUAGCAGUAUGGUCUGUAUAGAGAUCAUUAACAUAAUUCCUUCAUGCGCAAUCAGGUACGCUUCGUGGAAAGGUCAACAUGACAAUAUGCUUCAUGAAGUAGAAAGAUACAUAGACAGACAAAUAGAUAGACCUGAUCUGGUCGUGGGGAUCUCUCGUCUCUCCAAAAGAGUCUUAAUAUGCGUAUGAGGUCAUUGAAUAUUUAAAAUGAGAUGUCCUGUUGAAUUUUUCCUCUUCCAGGCGUAUGUAAAUCUAGGCGUUAAAACUUUUAGUAGAUACACAUAAAGGAGAAGUUCUUUCUAUUUCUAUGAAAUUAUAAAUCUUCAUUUCUACGCUCAUUUUUAUAUAGCUAAAAGUAGUCUUAAAAAAGUAGAGUUUGACUCAGAUUUGUUUUAGAUACAUCAUUUCACCAUCAAACAAUGUGAGUAGGUCAGGCGUAGGAGUGAUCACACAUUUUUUUAUUAGUAAAUAUAUAUAACAAAAAUCUUUUAAAAAAAAAAAGACACUUUAAAAAAUGUCAGGUAUUUUUUUUUAUGAAUGACGAAUAAAAAAAAACCAAAAAUCUUUUACCCGCUUCAAAACCCUCCUCCCCUUUUAAAAAAAAAAUUGGUUUAUCCGAUUUAUCAAUCUUCUCAGAGAAUAUAAAACUCUAUUUUUUUUUUUUUUUUGCAAUAUAGAUCCAGACUUAGAUAACAAGAAAUUUCUACAUACCAAUAAUUUUAAAAGUGUAUUGAAGGGAAGAACCACAAAAUCACACACACAGACACACAAAUAUAUAUAUAUAUAUAUAUAUAUAUAUAUAUAUAUAUAUAUAGAGAGAGAGAGAGAGAGAGAUAGCUUGUCUUCAAGUCCGAAGAUCAGUGAGGAAGGCAGUAUUUCCAGUAUAUAUAUAUAUAUAUAUAUGUAUAUAGUCUCUAAUUUCUUUGUUAUCAUUUGUGAUGCGGUCUUUGUAUGUUAUAUAGUGUAGUGAGCUAGAUUCUGUUUAAAAUACCAUUUUAUAUUAUGACUAUAUUUAUUCCAUUUCAUCAUAUGGUGAUUUUGUCUCUAUUGUUAUUAGUUUUGUUCACAAAAAAAGGUAUUUCAAGUUUCACUACUUAAGAUAUAUUACACAUACAUCGGUUUGUCUACCAGCUAUUUCGUAAUUUAAGUCAUCGACCGUCAAAAACAAAAGGAGUUGUCCGGUCGUGCCAAGAGUGGGAGAACUAACUCACAAGUAAACUCUGCACUCUAUCCAGAAGAAAUGAAGAAAUUAAUUGUAGAUAAAAUAAAUGAGAAAUGGACGAGCUCCCAUCCAAAUCACAAGAAAGAUGAUGCUUACUAUAAGCUAUCCCGACAAGACCAACGUCUAAUCUUUCGACUCAGGACCGGGCACAACAGAAUGCGACAACACAUGUUCCGGAAGCUCAAAAUUGGAACCAGUGAAAUCUGCCCAUGUGGAGUAUCACCAGAAAAUGCCGACCACGUCCUCCAAAACUGCUCUCUGUACCAAGAGGCCCGUAUAAGACAUUGGCCCCAAAUCACCCCAAUAGAAAGAAAACUAUAUGGAGAGCUCCCUGAUUUGGAAACCACUGCGCAGUUCAUCUCAUGUAUUGGUCUAGUCAUAUGAACACUCCAACAUAACAAUGAGAACGAUGAAGAAGAAGAAUAAAAAUCCUGUCGUGCGGUAUGCGCGCUGGGCUGUCGUUUGGUCGUAUCAAUGGUUUGGACUAGGAAGUAGAUUAUGUUCAACUUUGAAGUUGCGUUCUAAACAAGUCCAACAUUUUACAAUCAACUUAUUGAACGAAAUAAAGUUAUUGAAAGCAAUGAAGAUAUUUCAGGCUAUUAAAAGCUACUUAAGGCGUUGUAUUUUUAAUUUUAGUUGUAUUCAGAGGUUCUCAUUAGGUGUGCACUCCUUCCCUGUAAGUACUUUGGCCAAAAAACUGUAGUAGUAUUCAGAGUUCGUCUUUCAGACCUUGUAGUCUAUAGGGCAGAUUAUGUAAAGGUUAACUUUUUUCUGUGGCCUACGGUUAACGAGUGUGUUAUGUAGCCAGCACAACGACCAACAACCUUUACUUUUCCCCAGCUAAUGUCAGGUACACAUUAGAGCUGGGUGGACUCAAGAGUCGACCAAAUAUCCCGAAAAUAAAAAUCACUGUCUUAAUCAAGAUUCGCACCCGGGACCCAAGGUUCGGAAGCCAAGCGCUUUACCGCUCAGCCACAAUACCUCCAGUUGUAGUCAGAGGUACUCAUUCAUUAAUUGUGCACUCCUUCCUACCUGUCGACUACAAAUUCUCGGAAGCACCAACUCAAUACCCCGUUUGCCUGCCAGCAGUCUCGCCUUCCUCAAAAUGCCAUCCUGGAAGUGUUCCUCAGCGUGGCCAAGUUGGUAUUUAUGUCAUUAAUGUGACUGCUAAGAUGGACAGACUGCCACAUCACGGAAACUGGUUCAUGAAAAGAUGAAUAAUUGACGACAGUUAAAAGACAAAUCAGAAACACACGAGAAGCAGGCACUGAUUACACAGAUGCAGUUUGUCUGGUGUCACUUACAGCCGCUAUUUUAAAAAUACACCAAACUGUCAAAGAUCUUCUCAAGAUCUUCUCAAAGUUGUGACUUAAAGCGUGAAUGGAUUUGUAUUUCUCAGUCCAUUGUGUCUCACACAAAAGAGGAUAUUGAGCAUCAUGAAACCAUGGACAUUUUUAAAUGGGAAUAUCACUAUUCAAUUAGAGCACAGUAAGAGCAAGGACCAUCACUCGGAAGCAACUCAAAACUCAAAGACAGCAAGACUUCAUAUUUUAAAUUCUGAUGAUAGUAAGACUUUGAAGGACAAUUUUUCUGUGGUUCGUAAAGUAACAAUUCAUGACAUAAUGAAUUUGUUUCACGCCAAGACCUUGGAUACUUGCAGCAAUCAAUGCGAGACAGGACGUGAAUCUUUGUGUUCAGCCGUCAAUGCUUCUGACUGGUAUACUCUUCUGAAACUAGGAAAUUUCCAAGUCAUCCCUUACUUAAGAAAAGGGCAAUACAUGUAUGAAUUUGAAAAGGAGUACAUGAGAGAUCCGCCCUUGAAAGAUAUGAGGCAAUUACCGGACCUGAAGUCGUCAAAAAUCGUAAUAUCCGGGUCAGAUGAUGGAAAGGUCACAUGUGAAGUUCCAUGUAUGUUGACAGGCCGUGUCGACCUUGUCAACGGUUACGGCCAACCAAGACGAGUUGGUGGUGAUGAGGUCAGAGUCUGGUUAGUAGACAAGAAAACGCGAGAGUUCAGAUCUGCCGGUCGUGUGACCGAUUUGAACAACGGCAGUUACCAGAUUUCCGUCUGGUGUUUAUGGCCUGGAAUCUCCAAGAUGCAUGUCGCUGUUCCCUAUCCAAGAGAGUACAUCAGGACUGUCAUUCACCAAACUCAUCUGUCAGCUUCCAGAUUUGUUCUUGGGAAAUUUCUCAAAAAUGGCAUAGAGGAAGUCACUUUGUGCUGGAGCUUGCCUAACGUACCUGGAAGACCCUGUCUUUGUAACUUGACUGAAAUAGUUGGUCAGUCAUUUUAUUGUGGUCUGCCUUUGGAUAAAAGAUUAAGUUGUGACGAUUGGAACGCGACAUCGUCCACCCCUCUGUUGCAGCCUAUCAACGUGACGGAUGCAGAAGGGAGAUUAAUCUUGACCAGGCCAACAUAUGAUAUAACAAAGUUCACAAUACCAAAUAAUCUUCAAAUAGUUGUUCAUAAAAAUGAUAAUCUGCAUUACCUCAAAUCUUGCUCGGAGACAGGGUUUAAUGUUACAUGGGACUUGUCAACACCAGCUGGUUUCUGGAAGCCAAACAAGAGAUGGUCAUCUUUACACUGUUCUAGACCAGAAAUGACCAAGGAAUUUGUGGAGUCCUGCCUGUCAGACACUACCGUCUGGUUUUUUGGGGAUUCAAACUCGGUUCGUCUCUUCAACGAUUUGACAGCGUUAACUCACUGCAAUGGUUUGACUAAUUCUCUUUGGCCUUUGGCUGGCUCCUGCAGCAAUAGGAAAGCCAACAUGACCUUAAGGUUCAACCCUCACGAGAUGCCCUUGUACCAACACUUCCAUUGGACGCCUCGGCUAGGAUACAAGAGCGUCGCUGAUUAUAUUCGUGCGACGCCCUCGGUAGGGAAAUAUAUUUUCAUUGUUCAUUACUAUCUUCACGUUACACCUUCGCACCUGAGCGUCUUGCACUCCAGGUUGAGACAUUUGCGAGACGCCAUUGCAGAAGUGGCGAGCAGAAAUCCGGAUGUACUCUUCGCCUUCAGAGGUCCCCACGUUGUUUCCUACGACUACAAUUAUAAUCACGCGGUGGGAGGGGACAGCCUCGUUAAAUUCUACGUCCAGUUGCUGCUUGAAACUUUCAGGGGCCUGCGAGACAAAGUUUUAUAUCUGGACGGGUGGGGGAUGAGUCUGGCGAUAGAGAAUUCUCUGAACCACCCAAGUGACAGCAUCCCAGAAGAAAUGAUUAAAACUGUGCUCUCCUUUCGAUGUAAUCGUUCAGGUUACGUCAAACGAUACUAGUGCUUCUUUACGCUUGGCAUCAAUACACAAACUAAAAUUCUGAAAUGUCUUGGAAUACAGGUUAUUUUGUUACAGAGAGAAUGGAUCAGUCCAAGCCUCAAUCUGAACUGUUCAAGUUUAAGUGGAGCGUGCUGUUGUUUAGAUUCUCACUUGGGUGUUUACAUUAUGAAGCACAAACAAUGAUCACUUGUUAAUUAAAUUUUAAUGACCUAUAAUUAAACAAGCAACACAGAUCAU